CACGUUGGAUUCCAAAGAGACAGAGAGAGAAAGAAAGAAAAAACAGGGCCUCUCGCGUGCUAGCCGAUGGUCUUACGUGCGGGACCGGCGUUGGGAGCGCGGACGGCGUGAGCGUCAUGAGAAUAAAUAGCAACGGAGGGUGCUGCUGUGGCCGGCGUGCCCUUGACACGAACGACGAUUUCCUCCCACUUUCUCUGCGAGCCACCUUGGUUUCGGGCUGACGGUGUGAGGUCACUUUUGUCUCUUCUCUACGAUUUACUCUUUUUUCACUACGCGGCCCGAACAACUAUCGAGAAGAUGCCUUGGACAAAAACCACACUCGCGCUGGCGGCGGUGGUGCUCGCGACGGGACCAGGGGCGGCGGCGGCGGCGAGCGGUGCCGUCCGCCUGCAACAGCUGUACCAGUUCCCCAACGCGACGCAGUUUGUCGAGAAUAUUGCGAUCCGACCCAAUGGACAGCUGCUGCUCAGCACGUUUGACGACGGGCACCUGUUCACGCUCGACCCUCGGCAGCACCACGGCGGUUGCGGCGGCGGCGAUGAGGAUGAAGACUACGCGGCGCGACUCGUCGUCAAGGUGCCGGGCGUGACGGCACUGUCGGGCAUGGCGGAGAUCGCGCUCGACGUGUUCGCCGUGUCGGGCGGCGUCAGCAACGCGAGCGACUACAGCUUCGUGGCGGGCACGGCGCGCAUCCUGACCUUGGACUUUUCUCGGCGGCGGGCUGCGGCCGGCGGUGGUGGUGGUGGUGAUGGCGAUGCGCCGGUGGUGCGCACGGCGGCGUGGCUGCCUGACGCGGGGACCCUCAACGGCAUGGCGGCGCUUCCGCGACACCCGCACGUGGUGCUGAGCGCCGACUCCAAGACGGGGCGGGUGCUCCGGACGGACACGGCGACGGGCCGCGUGGACGUGGCGUUUGCCGACCCGGCCCUCGCGCCGCCGGACGCCGCCACCACGACAACCCUGCCGCCGGGCGUGCCCCCCCUGGGCAUCAACGGGCUCAAGAUCCACGGCGGGUUCCUGUACCUGACGACGACGGCGGAGCGCGUCUUUGCCCGAGUGGCCAUUGACGAAUGGGGCCGUCCCCGCCACGGGACGCAGCCGGAGCUGGAGCGCAUCGCGCAGCUGUCGUCGAGCGCGUCGUCGCCCAGGGUGCCCGACGACUUCUCCGUGGCGCGCGACGGCACUGCGUACGUGGCGACGCACGUCGACGCGCUCGUCAGGGUGGCGCCCGAUGGGCGGUGGACGGAGCUCGUGGGCCCCGACGGCGACGUGAAGCUGGACUCGCCGACGGCGACGGCGCUGACCCGCGACGAGAAGACGCUGUAUGUGGUGACGGCUGGGGGAAGCGGUGGGAAGGGCGGGCAAGUCGUUGCGGUUCAUCUGUGAAAGGCCGAGGCUUGACGAGCGAGUGUGCUUUGUCAACCAGCAUAUAGGUAUGUAUAUAAUCGAGUGGCCAAGCAGGGAGGGUGAGCUCUGGGCCGGAGAAAAUCGAAUAGAGACGGGCGCCAUGUGUCUGGUGUAUUUCCCGCGGUCCAAAUAUCAAAG